AUGGAUUUGAUGCCUAAGUUGAUUGUGGUACAAUAUGAGAAACUGUUCUAUUUGCUACAAGACCAGGAUGGACUCAUUGUUAAGAUUAUUAAGAAAGACUAUAUUUACACUUUACCCUUCAUAUCCUCAACACUUCAUAGCAAUGAUGAGAAUCUUUUUCUCACAGAGGUCUGCAGAUCUUUGGAACUCUUCUUCAAUAAUGAAAAGGAAGAUUCCCAAGAUCCCGAAGUGUUCCUACACACAAGUCGAGAUGGUUUGAUACCAGGUUCUGAGUCUGCACAAAGAAAAGGGAUUGAAGCUGAUCCUCAGAUUUCUGAGAGAAAAAUAAGGAGAAUUUCCCCUGACCUUUCACCUCCCCGGCGGGGGCGCCACGAUUCCCCUGACCUUUCACCUCCCCAACGGGGGCGCCACGAUUCCCCUGACCUUUCACCUCCCAGGAGGGGGCGCCACGAUUCUCCUGACCUUUCACCUCCCAGGAGGGGGCGCCAUGAUUCCCCUGACCUAUCACCUCCCCGGCGGGGGCGUCACGAUUCACCUGACCUUUCACCUCCCGGGAGGGGGCAUCAUGAUUGUCCUAACCUUUCACCUCCCCGGAGGGGACGCCAUGAUUCUCCUGACCUUUCACCUCCCAGAAAAAGGUUUUCUAAAAACACAGAGAAACUUAUCACAUCUACAGAUCUGCCUCCUAGAAGAACUCGUAAUAGUUCCCCUGACGUAUCACCAGCUCGUUGUAAACGUCACGACUCCUCGGAUUCCUCGUCGGCUGGGAAUGCUGCACACUCUUCUGACUCUGAUUUGUCUCCUCCUCGGAAAAGACAAGGUUUGUCCCCCAUUAAACAAAAGAACAGGAGAACCACUGGGUCUUCAAGGAGAUGGCAGCACUCUGAUUCUGACCUUUCACCUCCGCGAAAGAGGUGUCAGCAUUCUUCUGACUCUGACUUGUCGCCACCACGGAGGAAGAGGCCAGAGGCAUCCGAUACAGAAUAUAAACUCUGCUCAAACGGCUCUGAGCUGUUGCCUGCUGGCCACAGACUGCCUUCCAGGAAGCUGGUUUCCUUGAGAGGACAAGGGGCCAGCUGGGACAUGAGUCCAAGCAGAAAGUCACAAGGGAAUGAGAUGCUUUCAGGGGGUCAGACUGGUCUGAUAUCAACAGAUAUUCUGAGGAAAGAGAAAGAACAUCGGAGGCAAAAGGAGCGAGCAGCAGAACAUUUGGCAGAUGAUUCGAGGCAUGCUACUACUAUCUUCCGAGACAAAUCAGGAAAAAAGAGGGACUUAGACCAGGAGCGAAUCGAGCAUAAGAAGAAGGAAGAAGAAAAAGCGGCAAAGCAAGAAAAAUACGCCCAGUGGGGCAAAGGAGUGGCUCAGGAAGAGCAGCAGAGAAAGAAUGUCCAGGAUGCUCUUCACGAGAUGCAGAAACCACUUGCUCGGCACAUCGAUGACGAGGACCUAGAUCGCUUCCUCCGUGAGAAACAGCGAGAUGGAGACCCAAUGGCUGGCCUUCUCAGGAAGAAGAAGGAGAAAGAAGCCAAGAAUAAAAAUGCAAGACCAGUAUAUAGUGGCCCUGCACCCCCUCCGAACAGAUUUAAUCUCCAACCUGGGUAUCGCUGGGAUGGUGUCGACAGAUCGAAUGGCUUUGAACAGAAACGUUAUGCAAGAUUAGCAGAUAAGAAGGCUGUGCAGGAGAUAGCGUAUAAAUGGAGUGUGGAGGAUAUGUAAAUUGCUGAUUGAGAUUCAAGUUGAUGCACACUCCUUCAGACUGAGAUCCUGAGGCUGUCUGCGUAAUGAGACAGACAAAAUCUUUCCUGAAACUGAGGGAUCUGAAUAUCUGGGAACAAUUGAGAAAAUGAAAAUCUUUUUAUUCUUGUUAACAUUCUGUUCUUUUUGAAUAUAAAAUUUGUACUGUGUGAGUAACGGUCUGUUCUGAGAUUUGUUGUUUUGAUAAUUCGUCAUCCAGACAACGUAUAUCUGUGGUUUCAACUGUUGUGUAGGCGAUUCCUGUCACACGCUCACUCUUUCUUCUCCCCCCUUAUCACCAACACUCCAUUCAAUACUCUGCUGCCAUUAUUUCCAAAUUUGAGUUUAUUUUGGAAUUUAAUACGUUAAACGUUCUGUAGACAUUCUCCUGAAUGCUGAGAUCAAUUUUGUUCUUAUUAAUAAGUGGAAACAAAUCAGUAAAAUGUUUUAUAGAAGUAUGUUCAAAAACAAGGAUAUUAGACUGGUCACCGUGUUUCGAUGUAGCUUGAUGACUUUUACCAUCAGUGAGGAUUUUCUGCUUCCAAAACAUGCUCCCCAUCUUCACUCAUCUGCUGCUGAAAAUCCACCAUUGCCUUUGUUAUCUCAAGACUCAACUAUUCCAACAGCUUGCAUAAAUUUAAUAUUAUCGAAAAGGUCUGCUGUCUGUGUCCUAACUCAACAAGUUCUAUCUACUGUCCACCCCUGUGCUUGCUGACCUGUAUGGGUGCCCAGUUAAGCAACACAGAGUUUAAAAUCCUUAUGCCUGUUUUCAUAUCCAUUCAUUGCCUCACCCCUUCGUAUUGUUGUAACUUCCUCCAGUAACUCUUUAAGAUCUGUUCUUCUCAGAAUUGAUCCCUUGGUCAUUUUUGAAUUACUCCAUCAUUGGUGGCCGUGCCUUCAGCUUCUUGGGCCCUAAGCUCUGAAAUUCCUUCCCAGGCAUCGUUAUUUUUCUUUACUUUUUUAAGAUGCUUCUCAAAACGGACUUCAUUGACCCCAGUGCUAAGUGUAAUGAUUGCUUUUCCUGGUCUAUAUUGAUGAUCUACACUGGGCUGUUCAGGGCACAGUUUUAGAACUUGCAGAUGACACAACUUGGAAAUAUUGUGAUCUGUGAGGGCUAGUGAUAGUCGAAAGGGCAUAGACACAGGUGGAAUGGGUAGAAAUGUGGUAGAUAUAAAGUGAGAAGAAUGAAAUGAUUAAUUUUGAAGAGGCAUAAUCAAACAGAGGGUACAGUUCUCCAAGGGGGUGCAGGAGCAGAGGGACCAGGUGCAGGAAGGAUGUGGACAUUGAAGAGGGUGCAGAAAAGAUUCAUGAGAAUACUUCCAGGGUUGAAGCUUCAGCUACAUUGAUAGUUUGGAGAAGCUGCUACUGUUUCAGAGAUGUGAUAGAAGUGCUCAAAAUUAUGAGAGUCCUGGACUGAAUAGAUGCGGAGAAACUGUUCCCAUUGGUGCAAGGAUCGAAAGUCAGAGAACAAUGAUUUAAGGUAAUUGACAGCAUGAAGAAAAGCCUCUUUACACAGUGAUUGAGUGGGUGCUGAAGAUAGAUUCAGUCCUGGCUCUUUCAAGCAAGUGACAUAAUUAUCUGAAGAGAAAUUUUGAGGGCCACAGAGAAAGGUCAGGGACUAGGGCAAGGAUGAGUUGCACAUACAGAGAGCUGACACCGAACAUUGAAUAGUUCAGCACAGGAACGGGCCCUUUGGCCCAUGAUGUUGUGCUGAACGUGAUGCGAAAUUAAACUAAUCCCUUCUGCUUGUCCUUGUCCAUAUCCUUCCAUUCCUUAGAUAUACAUGUGCUUAUCUAAAAGUCUCUUAAACGCUCCUAUUGUAUCUGCUUCCACCACCACCCCUGGCAUUGCGUUCCAGCAUCCUACCACUCUGUUUUAAAAGACUUGCCCCUCAUGUCUCCUUUGAAUUUUCCCUAUUGCACCUUAUCUAUGCAUCUUAAAAUUCUAUAGUCUUCAAUCAAAUCUCCCCUCAGCCUCCGCUGCUCCAGAGAAAACAACAUUAGUUUUUCUAGCCUCCCCUUUAUAGCUUAUACCCUCUAAUCCAGGCAGCAUCCUGGUAAACCUCUUAUGCACCCUCUCCAAAGUCUCCACAUCCUUCCUGUAAUGUGGUGACUGGAAUCGAACACGGAACUCAAGUGUAGCCUAACCAAAGUCUUAUAAAGCUGCAGUAUGACUUCCUGACACUUGUACUCAAUUCUCCGACCAAUAAAGGCAAGUGUGCCAUACACCUUCUUUACCAACCUA